UAACUUCAUUGCUUUUAUAGUAAAAAAUCGCUACAUUAGUUCACCGAAAAGAUAUUUGUGUUUCGAAAAAUGCGGUCAAAACAUCUACGUGAAUUUUCUGACCUUGAGCAUGUAAAUAUUUGUGUUUGACAACAUUACUUCGUUUCAUUUCGAUGACAGUUGUGCAACGUGACGGGAUAUGACUAAAGAAAUAGAGCAAUCGACUUCAAUGUUUGGGUGGGAUUUGAUAAAUGAUUUAGGGGCUUUACCAGAAAAUGAAGAAAUUAUUAUAGAUUUCCUUUUGGAAAGACUACAACGUGGUCAAAUCUACACAUGGGUUGGUUCACUACUUCUGACAAUAAAUCCUAAUGAUGAAGUAUCAACAUCACAUCUGUACAAUUUCUCAGAAUUUGAUAAGGAUCUUAAUUCAUCUGAAGCUGCUUAUGGGGCAGAACCUCAUAUAUACACUGUCGCCGGUAGGGCACAUUACAGCCUUACUCGAGAACUGGGGCAAAAUUCUCAGGUAAUCAUUAUAAGCGGUGCAACUGGAACAGGAAAGACAUUCAAUGCCUGCAAGUGUUUAGAAUUUCUUAGUAAGAUUAACAAAAAUGAAGUACUGUCUUUUAAAGGAGAUUAUACGCAUAAUAUUGUGUUGAGAAUCAUGGAUGCUUGUCGUUUAGUAUCUGCUUUUACAACUGCAUGCACUGAAAGGAAUGAAGUAAGUUCAAGACAUGGACAGCUUGUAUGCCUUCAUUAUAAAGGUGACACCAUUUCUGGUGCAACAAUCAAUUCAUUUCUUUUGGAGAGAAGUAGGGUAACAAGAGGUUCAAAUAAUUUUCAAAUUUUUUAUCAGGUUGGAAUUUUAUCUUUUAUUUUAUUUUCUUUUUGUAUACAAAAAUGGUAUCUAUUAGAAGACUUAAAAAAUAUAUUUCAGAUGAUAUUUGGAAUGUCAUGUGGUGAACUUGAAUCUUUUAAUUUAUCUAAGGAUGAAUGUUAUGAUAUACUGAGUGUUAUAAAUUACAAUAAAAGGAAUUAUUUUCAAGAAAGUUUUCAAGAUACUUUAAAGGCGUUGGAUGUAUUAGGUUUCAAACCUGAUCAAAAGAAAAAUAUUUUUCAAGUUCUUGCCUUGUUGCUUCAUAUGGGAAAUAUUAAAUUUGUUGAAAAUGGUGAUAGUUGUAUCAUUGAUACUAAUAACAAAAAGUCCAUGGAAGCUUUAAAAAGUACAUGUACUUUGAGCACUUUAACCGAGGAAACGGUGACAGAACUACUCACUACCAUUCUAAUAAAUCCACAAAGUACAUGGCGGAAACAUACCACAUAUCAUCGGCAUCUCGUUACCGUCGAUGCAUGUCGCAAUAGACUGCAUAGCAUAAUUAGACACAUGUACGAUCUUCUUUUUCACUGGGUCUUGAAUCAUACAAAUGACGCUUUAUGCGUAAAACAUGAAUUCUUUCAGUGGCUUGGUGUAUUAGAUAUAUUUGGUUUCGAAUCUUUCAAUAAAAAUGGUAUAGAACAAUUAUGUGUCAAUUACACUAACGAGAAGAUACAGCAAUAUUUCAUUGAAACCUAUUUGGAAAAAAGUCGUAAAGAUUUGGAAGAGGAAGGUUUUAUUAAAGAAACUAAUCCCCUGCAUACUAUUAAUUUAUAUAAAGAACGUCUAUAUGUUAUUGAAGAGGGAUUAUUCUUAACUUUAAAUGAUGCUUGUCAAUCUCCUGUACCAACUAGCAUAUCUAAAAUAAUACAACUAGCAUGCUCAAAUUUACAUAAUGAACAAAAUAAGUUUUUAGAUGGAAAAGAAGGGAAUUUUAUUGUAGAACAUUAUUCAGGUCCUGUGUCAUAUUCCAUUGAUGAUUUGUUAUCUAAAAACACUGAUAAGGUUCCAAACGAAAUAUCUAUGAUCUUUGACGUAAGUACAAAUAAGUUCCUUCGUUCAUUGAUCAAUAUUGAAGAGGAACAAUAUUCACAUACCGCAAAAACGUCUACUAGGAAGAGAACUAUGCUUGCUAAAUUGAAAUAUAAUAUAGACACGCUUAUUAAAAAACUAAGCAAAUGUGAUUUGCAUUAUGUGCGAUGCGUUAAGCCCAAUCGAUUAACAGCUAAUGCUAAUGAAUGGGACCGAAAAGAUUUUCGAAAGCAAUUGGCUUCUAUUGGUGUUUUUGAUACGUUGCCACUGGCUAAAUGUAAAUAUCCUGUUCGUCUGUGUUAUCAAAACUUCUGUCAACGAUAUUCUAAAAGACCAACAGAAACUAUGAAUCCUAAUAAAUGUGAAAUGAUUUUGGAGUCGAUUGUGCCUAAAAGAAAAUUACACGCUCUAGUUCAUUUUGGAAAACAAUUGAUAUUUUUAACAGAGCCUGUCUUUCUCAAAUUGGAAUUCUACAGAAGAAAUUACCGUAUAAAGUGCGCUAAUAAAAUACAAAUGUUCUGGUUAAAGCAUAGACACAAAAACGUACCCGUUAUUUCAAAGUAUUUGACAAUCAGCGAUCAAGUACAAGAUGAAUAUGAAGUGAAUAAAGAAAUUACAUCUGUUAAAUUUAUGCUUGAUCAAGAAUUGAACAAAUCAAGUAAUUCUGAAGAUGAUGAUGUGUUUAUUUCUAGUUCAGUUUCACCUGACAGUGAUGACUUAAUAGAUCAUCUGAAUGAUGUAACAAUAAAUGAACCAGAAGACAAUACUAAAAAUACAACAGAAAAUCUAGAUGAAACUUCCACAACAAAAGAAUCAAAGAACGAAUCAUGUACUUUGGAAAAAUUACACGAUAUUAUUACCAUAGAUCCCUUUUACAGGUGUAGUAGCAAUACCGAUAUUAAUUGUAACGACAACAAUAACAAUUCAUUAAGGGAACACAAUGAACAUACAGCAUUAGACUUUCCUGUAACAAAUAGAGAAUGUAUUGUAAAUACCUACAAACAAAAGUAUUUCAUGAAUUCUGAUACAGUUCGCAUCAUAGAAAUAGGAUCCUCUGUAUUUUUUUAUAAAAAUAGGAUUUUGAGUCGACGACGACUAGCCAAAAUGCCGGUAAAGGUUCAUACACGUGCUACGUGUUUGAUUAAUUCGCAUGUAGUACCAUAUCACGAACUACCACAAGGAUUACAAGACUGUCUUUAAUAGAGUUUGAAUUAAUUGUUCUGCUGAAGUUAGUCGCUGUGUCAGGCUUUUUCUUAUUAUUGCUUUAAUAAACAUUUCUUAUUAUACUUACAGCGGACGCUAUUAAACAAACGUGCUGCUGGGAGUAGGAUCUUAAAUAACAAAGGAUAAAUACAUACUAUACGAAUACGGAGUACUGUUUUCUCGCUUUAACGAGGAAAUAUUAAAAUUAAUAUAUUUAUAUGUGUUUUGAAAUAAGACGAAGUUAUUUUAAAAAAUUUUGUUUUCAUAAAAAUCGUCUGAAAGGUAAAAAAAAUGUUUACAUUAUAUACCGAGAUGAGCAUCCUUAAAAAUUUGUUCCGUGAUACAAAUUUAUAAAUAACCGUACAGUAGAUUGUAUGUAUCGAAGGUCCUUUUCUUUUUAUCUUUAAGCAUUAGUAUUCUUCGCGAUGCGACCAGUGCAAGGGUUGCUUGUAGAUCGCUUCUUAAAAUUUGAUAAUUUGCUCUUAAACUAACUCGCUUUAAAUUACUCGAAGGUACAGGUCGUCCGCCAGCAAAUGCGAAUCUAAAAUGAAAUCACAGAAAGUACUGGUAUAAGAUACACUUAUCUGUGAUAAAAUAAAAAUCAUACUUGUUUACUUUCAUACCUUAUUUCUCGCCUGGGACCUCGUAAAGUGGAAUCGGGAAAUGCUGUUUGCCGAUCCCAUAUCAGUCGGCUGCUUGUUACAGGUCUAACGUUUACAUACUUUAUCUUACUUUUAAUAAUAAUAGGGAGGGGAGUCGGUUUUUUAUGUUCGUUCAUUGUACUUUUAUAAGGAAUAGGUAGAUAAGGUAAUAAAGAAU